CCUGGUUGCGAUUGGCCAUACUGCUAUCAUGCAGCUUGAACGUCUCAACUUUGCUUUCACUGACUCAGUAGACUCCAACAUUAACAAAAUCUGAAAAAUUCUCCACAAAGAAUUUGUUAAAUACAGUCAAAAUUAUAGUAAACAUAAACCAAAGCAUUAUUUUUGUUGUUGUUCAACGUGCUAACGUGCGAGCAAAUCAAAUCAGGAAUUUCGUAAACGUGCGACGAGAAUUAUUAAGAAGGUGUUGUCGCCAGUGACAAAACGGAAAUUGAGCUAAAAACAAAGCGAGCGUCGUCUCUGUCUGUGCCGCUGCCUCUGCAGCCCCCCUCCUACCCCCGCGAGCGUAAAGUGUCGGAACAGUGUAGGAGAGUGUUGCACAGCAAAACAGGACAGUGUGGCGACAGUGUGCACAACGGAGCAGAGCUUAUCUAGCCUGGCGCACUUUUAUUUUCUGCUCGCUGAAUGGCUGACUUUGGCUUGCGUUUUGUUUAUUGUUAUUGUUGUUAAGCAAUUGGAUAUUGUGCUCUGCUGCUCGAGCUAAAAUUAAAAAACAGCAACAACGACUCGCAACGGCAACUGGCUCAAGGACACGCGGCGACUGCGCCACCGACGGCCACACAACAACAGCCGCAGCGCCCGCGCCAAACAGAAGCCCAAACGUCCAAGAAAACGCGUGCCGCCCAGGCGCCGGCGUCUCCACAGCGAACAGCUGCAAUUAGCACCCUUUGACAUGGCUGUCAAGCAGAACAACUCCGAGCAGAACGAGGUGGCGCCCGGCCAAGCUGCCGGCGGCUCGGCUGCAGCCAAUGCGGGCGCAGGCGGAGCAGGAGCAGUUGGAGCUGCGUCUCCCAAUGGCAAAUCCACAAUGCCGGGCAACAUCUCAGACGAAGGCGGCGGCGGCGGCGGUGGGCAGGCCAACGAUGCCAGCAGCCAGACGACGUCUGGCAAAUCGCAGACAAACGCUCGCGAAGUGGGCGGAGCGGGCGGCACCGGAAGCACUGGGAGCAGCAGCAGCAGCACCAGCGCCGCCGAUAGACAGCACGGUUUCAAUGCGCUGCUAAACAUAAUGCAGGGCAUCGAUCCGGAGGAUCAGAAGGCGAUGCGCAUCUAUCAGAUCGUCAUCUGCAAUCUGGCCGGAAUGCAUGUGAGCAGCGCGCCGGCAGAUCUCAAGCUGUUCAAGGAGAACAUCACCAAGAUUGGCCAGUUUCUGGCGGUGCCCAACAAGAAGCGCUAUCUGAUGUUCUAUCUGCGCUUUGUCUACCAGCUGAUCACACAGUCCGCGGAGCCGCCCUCGUGCGCCGUGGCCAUUGUGUUCCAUCUGUUCAGUCCGGAUCUCAUUAUUGAGGCGGUGCAGUCGCUGCUCGAUCUGAAUGUCCAGGACGAGAGCAUACGAAAGACGGUCGGGCUGCUCUGCAAGUGGAUACAUGUCUGCAACUUUUGCCAGAAUCUCAAUCAUUGGAUUAUGGCCCUGUUGCAGGGACUGCGCGAACAGGAGAAGUAUCUGCUGCUCGACGAGAUCGCACUCGAUAAUAUUGAGCAUCUGUUCCGGCUGAUGAUCUUGCCCGCUUUGCGUCCCAAGGUGGCGCCCAUUGUCUUUCACAUGCUCUCCACCAUCAAUCAGACGCCCGAAAUAUUCCACAAGAUAUUGCCAAACAUACCGCUGGUGAUUGGCGCCAUGAAGAGCAAGCCAAAUAACUUGGAUAGCGCGUCGAGCGAUGCGCGCAACUAUAUCCAACAGCUGGUCGAUUUGUUCAAUGCGCUGAUGAUACGCUUCUAUGACAACGAUGAGCUCUAUGCACCUUUAAAGGCCACACUCCAGAUGUACGAGCCCUCGCAGAAUUGCAUGGCAUUUGCCCGGGCGCUGUUCGAGAAUGCGCUGCCACGGAAUGCACGCGUCGGUCUGGUCAAUCUGGGCAAUACCUGCUACAUGAACAGCGUGCUCCAGGCGCUGGCCAUGACCAGCGACUUUGUGCGGCAAAUCCUGCUGAUUGAGAGCGGCUCCAUGCUGUUGCAGAAGGUGCAGCAGCAGAUUGCGCUAAUGCAUCAUUCGAUGCGCUACGAGCUGACGCCGUUGCGGGUGCUGAAGGCGACACGUCCGCCGGGCUUUACGCCCGGGUUGCAGCAGGACAGCUCCGAGUUCCUAGGCUAUUUGCUGGACCUGCUGCACGAGCACGAGAUCAACAGCGGGGCGGCGCAGCACAUGGACACGGACAGCUGCGUGGGACAGCUGCCCAAGGAGGUCAAGACAAGCAGCGAGCCGGCGCUGCUAACCGAUGAGAUUGUGGCCGCCGGCGUUAUACCCUACAAUAGCAAUGAUCAUGUGCACAAUGCCAGGCCAAAUGCACCGGCUAUUGGCCCAGCCACGCCCACAUCGAUGCCCACCAACGCAGCACCGAAGAAGCCCUCAACCAUAGACAAAACGUUCGCCGGCAAAUUGUCGACGACAUACAAAUGCUUGAGCUGCGCCUGGGAGAGCCGCAACGAGGACAGCUUCCGCGAGCUGCAGCUAUCGUUUCCGGACGACAAGGUCGACUGCGGCGCCACCAAUUAUUCGGUGCAGGAUCUGAUCGACUACUACUGCUCGCCGGAGAAACUGGAUGGCGAUAAUCAAUACUUUUGCGCCCGCUGCAAGAAACUGUGCGAUGCGGAGCGUCGGAUUGCCAUCACCCAGGCGCCGCGCAAUCUAAUCCUUACGCUGAAGCAGUUCAAAUACGAUCAGAAAUAUCAUUUUCGCACCAAGCUCAUGCACAAGGUGUUCCACGAUGAGAGCGUAAUUGUGAAGGUGUGCGCCAACGAUUCGCUGCUGGAAACGUGCACCGUACACUAUGAUCUGUACGCGGGCGUCGUCCAUGCCGGCUACAGCAUGGACUCGGGUCAUUAUUUCACCUUUGCCGCCGAUCAGUCGAAGAAUUGGUUCAAGUUCAACGACAGCCUGGUGACCAAUUCGAAGCCCCAGGAAAUGCACAGUCUGACCUCACCGAACACGCCCUACAUCCUAUUCUACCAAAUGUGCGGCCGAUCCACCGAAUCGACGCCCGAUGGACCCAUGCAUCCGAUGGUCCCGGUGCCCCUCGUUCCCCCCCUCACGCUCGACGAGCUGCCGCGCGGCUUGCGCGAUUAUGUGAAGAACGAUAAUCGGGAUUAUAGCGAGGAGCUGAAGCUGCAGCGCUUCAAGCGCAAUGCCAAACGGAACACGAUGAGCGGCAAUGGAACGAUGAAUGGACGCAAUGGCUACGAGGGCGACGACGAGGACGACCAUAUGCCGCCUCCGGCGGGCGGGUGUGGCGGCAACGAUAUGGGCAUGAAUAUCAAUCGUUUUGUGUACUGAUUGUGCGUAGUUCCACAUACACUGUACGCAAUAUAUAUAUAUAUAUUUUACAAUAUAUAUAUACCCUAUAUAUACACACCAACACACACACACACACACCUUCACACGCAGCGUACUAUUUAGCGUUAUAUAAGUAUAUAUAUAUAUAGAAAAUUAUGCGGUUCAUUCAAAUGCAUGUGCAGAGUAUGGCUACAGUCUGCACUCGCUAAGGCCAACGGCAGUUUACACACACACACACACACACACACACACACCUACUAUUGUUGUCAUGUUCCUUAAAAACCACACACACUGAACAGCAGAAACUACAAUUGUAUUUCCAUUUACAAAUUUGUUAUAAUUUUUACGCAUUGUUUUUGUUAACACAAAUUUAGUUAUAGCCUUUAACAUAUACAUAUAUAUAUAUAUAUAUACAUAUAUAUUAUACACAUACAUAUUAAAGCAUAUAAAUUAGCCAGCAA